AUGGCAAAUGACAUUGAGCAGCUUGUUUCCAAAUGUGAAAUGUGUGAAAAAGUCAGAAAUAGAAAUAAAAAAGAACCUCUAAUGCAACAUGAAAUUCCAACUAAACCAUUCGAAAAUAUUGCCCUUGACAUCUUGCAAUUUGGUAAUCAAAACUACUUAGUAGUUAUCGAUUAUUACUCUAAAUGGAUUGCGGUUUCUAACAUAAAAGAUAAGACAGUAAAUGAAAUUAUGAUAAAGUUAAAAUGCGUCUUUGCCAGGUAUGGUAUUGCAAAUGAAGUCGUUUGCGACAAUAAUCCCUGUAAUAGCUACUUAUUUAAGAAAUUUGCUGAGAAUUGGGAUUUCGAACUUAAAUUUAGUAUCCCCAGAUAUCCUCAAAGUAAUGGGUUGGCUGAAAAAGCUGUAGGAAUAGUGAAAAAUAUCAUGAGAAAAGUGCAAGGUAUAAGUGUAGGCUUAAAAGGAAUAUCGAAAUACCCCAAUUAA